UUCUUUUAAACAACAAUUUUGUUUACAAGGAUGGUUUCCAUAACAGCGACUUUGUCAUUUUCGGUUCAAAACAAAACAAGUUAAAAGGAAAAUUUUGAUCGGCAUUUGCUAAUGUUUUCGAAGAAAAUUACUAAACAAUUUGUCUCCUAAUAAAAAAUGGAUCUAUCUGAAAUAAUUGCACUAGAUACGGGCUAUCUAAAUGAUGAAAUAAAGGACGAAAUAUUUAAUGCACUAACUGGGAUACAAAACAUUGAUGAUGUUCCUAGAAAAAACCUAAGGAAAAUUUUAUCCGUGUGUUUGGUCAUUCUGAAGCAUAAAGGAGAACAAGUUGAUAACUUACAGGAGCAACUAGAGACAAAAACUCAGGCAGAUAGUGGAGAUGAUUCACAUAACGAACGACUUCAGGAAGAAAAUGAAAAACUCAAACGAAUAAUCAACAAGCUUGAAGAAGAAAAGACGAUUUUCAAAACAAAGAACAAAGAAAUGAACGAAGAGAUCAUUCACUUGCAGAAGAGAUUAACAGAGACAAUGCAUUCUGCAGAAAGUGAUAAGGAUUCGUCAGAUCCUUUAUCAGAAUUGGAUCGACAAGAAGAGCUUUUAAAGAACAUAAAUUGUAAAAACAAGCACAUAAAGAGGCUUUUAAGGGAAAUCGAGGCACUUCAAAUCUCGAAUAUUGAACAAUCAAAAGCUAUAAUUGAUUUGGAAAAACGUCACCAACAUGCUAAGAUUCAGGUUCAAGACUUAAGUUCACAAGUGGUACUCUUUGAGGGAGAAAAUAAGGCCUUGAAGGAGAGCGUAAAUGAGCUGAAUGCCGAACUUACAAGAUUAGAAGGAAAUAUAACGUAUUUAGAAGAUGAGCGAGAAAAAUCUGAAGCUGAGUUGAAAAGGAUAAUUGAAAAACUCGAGACAAAAGCAAAAUCGUGGAGAUUGUCAAUUUAUGAAAAGGAAAAGGAAAUCAAAAAGUUGAAAUCUAAGCUUGUGGUUGUUAGUAAAGUUUCAUUGCAAGAAGAAGAUGACAAAAGUGAGAGUACAAGUGAAAAUGAUGGAGAAAGAAUGGCUGAAGAAUCAACAAGGAUGAUGCAUGCUAUUGAAGCUCGGGAUAAAAUCAUUGAAAAUCUUGAAUCGAAGAUAAAAACUAUGGCUGAAGAAAUGAUAUCAUCCACUCGUCUGAUGAAUAAGCUUUCAUCCGAACGCGAAGAUGAACGCUCAAUGCAUGUCAAGAAAUCGCGUUCUUGCUGUAAGGCUGUCGAAGAAUCUUUAAGUGCAAUGAAUAAGAGAUGUCAGGAACUCUCAGAACUUCUUGAAAAAUCCGAAGAAGAUAACAUGUUAAAAUCAAAACAAGCAGUUCAAGCCAUUUCUGCUUUGGAAGCUUAUCAGCAAGGUGAAGAUGGUCUUUCGAAUGCAUUAAAGACAAUCGGCAAAUUGGAACAAAAGUUGGACGCUCGAGAGAAACAUAUACGGGAAUUGGUUUUUGAGCUAAAUUCAUUGCAUGAAUUAUCGAAUGAGAAUACGCUGCUAAGGAAGAAAUUGAAUAUACCAGAUGAUGUUGUUAUAAUGGCGAAAAAUCGAGCAGCGAAAGAAAGAAGCAAAGAUAAGCAAAUUGAACGAUUGACAUUAAAAUUGAGAUCUUCAGAGGAACUUCGAUUGCAAUUAAAAUUAGAGAAAAGUGAUUUGAGAAAACAACUGAUUCAACUACAAAAAUCACAGAACCAAACUCCAGCAUCGUCUCCAGAAAAUCUAUCUCCUAUAAAACAAAGAUCCGAAAUUUACUGCGACAACUGCCUUAAAAAUAUCCCGGUACUUCCAAACAAUGAUCUCAUCAUGCAAGAUGUCAUUAAAGAAUGGGAAAAUAAAUACCAUGAUGUUGUUGAGGAAAAUGAAAACCUUCGAUCUGGAAUGCAUGAGAUUCUUGAAAAAAUCCGUGAAUAUGAUGCAACUUCCGACCAUAUAACAAUCGAUUGUGAAAUUCUGGAGCGUCUUUUAAACACGCUCGACACACAUAGUUUUAAUGGUUGGUAUAAUCCUGUGAAACGAAUUCAAAAUGAACUUGUGACCCUAAAAGAACGAGAACAUGCUUUGCGUGAGAAGAUAAAUGCUGCAAAAAGUGAUCAUGAACAACAAUCUCCAAUUAAAUCAAUCGAUGAAAUAAGGGAAGCUGGUGAAAUAACUGAUAGUCCACAUCCGUCACUUCCAAUGAAUCCAAUAGGCAGUUCUACUAGACCAACAACUCCAAACAUAACCCUAGAUCAAUCACUCUAUCCAGUAAUAGUUGAAGCUGACAUUGAACAUGAAUCGAUGAAGAAGGAAUUCUUGAAUAUUCUUGAAAAGAAUCGAUCAUUGCAGCAUGAAAUUCAGCGCUUACAAGUUUUUCAAGUUCAAUUCGAAGAGCUUACAUCCCAGAUGGGAGCUUCUGAUAGUGACAUAACAAAGUACUGCUCAAUAUUGGUUGAAAAAAUUGCUACACUAGAAAUUGAAUUAAAUUCAAAAACAAAAACUUUUGACUUCUUAAAAGAUGACUUCGAUCGCAUCCUCAAUGAAAGCAAAUCAUCCGAAAUGAGAAAUAUGACUUUGAUUGCCGAACUUAAGAAACAAGUAAAUGAUCGAAAGGUUGAUGUAUAUAAUUUAAAAUCAGAAAACGAUAAAUUAACAAGAAAGAACUCCAUUUGCAAUUCUGAAGAUUAUGUAGAAAUGCAAAAGACUCUAUUUGGUUUGCAAUCACAGUUGGCUUCUCUAAUGGAUCAAAUUUUGUCAGGAAAUAUUCCUGAUAUCAAAAUCGAUGAAAUAUGUACCGACUAUGGGGUGAUUCAAGAAAAUUUGGAAUUAGACUAUUUAACAGUUGAAGAAUAUGAAGAACUUCAAAAAAAGACAAUUGAUAUUCUUUCAGCUAAUAAAGAUCUUCAGACUAAAUGCGAUCAUUUGGAAGGACUUUUAGGAAUUGCUAAUGAACAGGUGAUGUCACAACAAAAAUUGCUCACUGAAAUCACUGAUAACCACAUAAAUCUUCGACAUCUAGUUGCUGACUUACAGAGUUCUAAUGAAGAUAAGUUUUUAAUAGCAAAGAUUCAACGUGAAUUGGAUAGUGCAAAGAAAGAAAUAACAACACUUACAUUCGAGAAAGAAAAAAAUGAAAAAAAUGAAGAAAUCUUAAUUCGAGACAACAGAGCCAAAGUAAAAGAACUUCAAGACAUAAAUAAGGGCUUCCAAAGUCAAAUUAAGAACAACGAUAUUAAACGGAAGUUUCUUCAAAAAGCUUUAUUAAAUUUACGCCAAAAAUAUUUCAAAUUUACACCAUUGAUAUUUAUAUCGAACUUUGUUUAUGCAUAUUCAAAAUUUACAAAACGCCUUCGAGAUGAUGAAGUCAAAAUGCAAAAUCAAAUUUCCAUGCAAAUUGAUCGAAUUUUAUCUUCCAAAAUUGAAACUUCGUUUGGAACGGAUAAUGAUUCCCAGGAUAUGAUCAAACUUGUUAAGACUGAAACGAAAGCGAAAUAUUUUGAAGAUCAAGUUCAGGUAUUGAAUGAGAGGAAUACAGCUCUUCAAAUUGAAAUUGAUAAACUGUGUUUAUCGAUUGUCAAAGAAAAUGAGCAUUGGAAGACAAUAGAUGCUUUAUUUGGUGGGGAGCAAUCAUCAGCAGAGGUUAUGGAAAAAGAAGUUCAAACGGAUGUUGUGGAAUUUGUCGAUUCAAAUACAAAACCUGAACAAGAUGAUCAGAGUACAAAUAAAAUUCUUCCAAAAGUCGAUAAGAACACGUCUCCAAUUGCUUCCCCAACAAAACAAAAAGUUGCAACCGAAAUUACAAGUUCCGAAUCACAAACUUCUCCAAUUGACAUGAUUAAUCAACAAACAUCUCCUAUCAGAACGCCUUUAAAGAAAUCAACAAAUGUGGAAGAACUCAUCUCAGAAUCUCAAGGUGUUCAAACUUCUCCGUUUAAGGAAUUGACAAAGCAUUUGUCCACUCAAGGGGUUCAAACUUCUCCUUUAAAAAAACCGGAAACAGAAAAAGUUUACCAAGCUGUACAAACUUCGCCAAAACAAUCUCCAAUCCAAACUGGUGAAGGUAAUGGUAAAGUUCAAGAACUUGAAAAACAGUUGAAAGAAUCCGUUUUGUUAGCGGAAGAAAGAAAACAACUUUUGGAAAACUCCGAGUUAAGUCUUACUGAACACCAAAAGACUAUUGAGAAAUUGAAUAAUAAAAUUAAAGAUCAAGAAGACAAGCUUCAAAUGCAAACAUCUAAUAGCACUGAAGAAAAGAUGAACAGCCAAUUUGGAAUGAUUGAGAAAACUAUUAUGUCGUUCCAAACUCUACUUUCGGAGAAGGAUAAAGCCAUAAAUAAAUAUCAAGAACUCCUAACCUCUGAACGAACUGAAAACGACGAAGCUUGCGCUAAAUAUGAAAAGACUCUCGAAUCUUUCCAACAAACUAUAAAUGAUCUCAGUGCGAAUUGUAAAGCUAAAGAUGAAGAGAUUCUCGAAUUGAAAACCAAAAUUGAAUCUGCAGCAGGAACUGAGAAAGAAAAAUUAGAAAUAGCUACUGGUAUCGAUGACAAUGGAGAUAAUAGUUUACAGGAAAUUUCGGAUGAAAAAAUUGAAGAAAUGUUUAAUGAUGAUGCAGUGAGUGAUUCAUCGGACAAGAAAGUCACUAAAGGCGUGGAGCUGAAAAAUAAAGAAAAACAUUGGGAAAAUUCUUUGAGAGUUAAAGACGAGGAGAUAUUAUUGUUAAAAGAAAAACUACAACUUAGCAAGGAAAAGGAAAAAGAGAAGAAUGAUUGGGUAGCAAAUCCUGAAAUUGACCAGCUGAGGAUAUUAUUGGAGGAAAAAGAUAAACAUAUUAACGAUUUAAUGGAUACUUUAAGUAACUUUCAUGAUGAUCAACAACGUUAUUUCAAUGACUCAUCAACCUACUCAGCAGAUCAAAUUUCGCAACUUGCAGCAAGUCUUACUCGAUCUGAAGCUACAAAUAAAAUCUAUAAGGCACAACUUGAAGCCUUGCGUCGCCAGCUUGCUAAUCUUAAUCAAAGAGAAAAACAAGCUAGGGACCUUAAUAAUUCUCUGCGCAAUCAAUUGAUCAAGCGACCAGUAGUUUCGAUUAAGACUGAGUUAAAUGCUCGUUUGAAAACUGAGAAUUUACAGAAAAAAGUAUGUCAACUUGAAAAUGAGCUCGAGGAGGCACAGGUUCAAAUAAAACGCCAACAAGUAGUAAUAGAUGCAAAGCGAGCAAAAAGCAACAAUGAAGUUGGUUUAUGGGAGAAGCAAAAACGUUGGCAACAAAGUGCUGAAAAAUACAAAACUAAAUUUGAGGAAACCGAAGCUGCAUUGGAAAAACAAAAGGCUUUACUUCACUCAGCUAGGACAACAAUAGCUCGUUUGGAGAAGGAUAAACAAGUUCUAGAAGCUCGAGUUGGAAAAGCUCCGAAUGCUUUGAAAUGUUGUCGAACUCCGUCGUGUCCGAAUCUUCACCAAGGUACCAAAUAUACUCCAUCAGAGACGCCAGAGACAUAUACCGGUGGAAGUGAGUGCAGUAGCCCAGCAAGAGGAAUGCAUUUCCUCGGCAGCAAUCACAAUGAACUCAUUGAAGCUUUAAAAGCUAGAAUAGAGAUGCAACAGAGGAAAAUCAUAGCCAUGGAAAUGGAAGGUAAGGGCAGUAAUGCUCUCACAACCGAACUUGAGAAAGUGCAGGAAAAAUAUUCUGCAAUCGAGGCACAGAAUAUUCGUCUGGAAGCUAGAAAUCUUCAAUUACAGCUUGAUAAUGAUCUUUUGCGACAGGGUGACUCUGGAGAGAGGAUGCAGAAGAGAGUAAAGCAUUUAGAAGAUUACAUAAUUGCACUAAAAGAGGAACUAGCUCAAGCCGAAGCAAGAAGAGAAUUGAAUUUCGAACCUAAAAACGAUAGAAAAUAUGCACCAGGUCAAGCUGAACAAACAAUACUUUCUCUGAGAAGCAUUAUUGAAAAACUAAGAGCAGAGAAUAGGUAUCUUAAGGAUGGCACGAGGUCAUUCGAUGCUAGGGUAGGUAGUAAAGAAGCUCCAACCGAACUGACUAGACUUCAAACAAUGUAUACCGAGUCCUUGGACAAAAUUUCAGCUCUUCAAAUUGAGCUUCAAUUAAAAGCCAGAUGCCAGAAUUGUGGAAACAAGAGUCUUCUAGAAACAUCUACAAAUGAUGAUGUGCGAUUGAUAAAAGAACAAUUGGUCAAAAAGACACAGCUUUUAGAAAAAGCAAAAAUCUUGCUAACUAGAGCCGCUGCCAAGGAGAAAAUUCUUAAAGAACAGCUAUCUUCGUGGAAACGAAAGUGUUCUGAAUUGCAAAAUGUACCAGUAAUUGAUGAAAUUAGUGAAUAAGAGAAAUUAUUCUCGUGUUUUAUAAUUUAUUUCUUCUUAAAUAUAUACGUAUUUAUGGGUUUAUGUGAAAUUAAAAGGAAAAAGUUUUUU